CUCAAACUCAACCACCACCAUCACCAGCAUCAUGGCAACCACCUACAACCACCAAACCAAUCGACUGAAUAACCCAGAACAGCCAAUCACUGCCUCAGGAUCAUCAGGAAAACUCCAGCCGGGUACAAAAGUUCAAGUGGGCCAGUAUGUAGUCCAGGUCGAGAAAUUCCUCAGUGAAGGUGGUUUCGCACAUGUCUACGUUGCCAGUCUGGUCUCGCCAUCCAGCGUCGAGGGGUUCCCGGUCACUCAGAACCGAUUCGUACUCAAGAGGAUGGCCGUGCCAGAUAAGCCAGGUCUAGUCGAAGUGCGCAAGGAGGUGGACGUGAUGAAGCAACUUCGACCACACAAACAUAUCGUCUAUUUCAUCGAAGCCUCGGCCUCAUCUAUCCCUGCCAGCACUGGCUAUGAAAUCUUCAUCCUCAUGGAAUGGUGUCCAGGCGGUGGAAUCAUCGAUCUCCUCAACUCAAGGCUUCAAAACAGACUCACCGAAUCUGAGAUCCUCAAGAUAUUCAGUGAUACCGUCUCAGCCGUAGCACACAUGCACAGUCAAAACCCAAUCCUCAUCCACAGAGAUCUCAAGGUCGAAAACAUCCUUGUCGCCUCACCCAACCUCUACAAACUCUGCGACUUUGGCUCAACUACCAGCCCAUUACCAAGUCCCCCUCAAUCCUCCGCUGAAAUCCUCGCCCUCGAAGCCGAUCUUAACAAGCACACCACCCUACAGUAUCGGGCUCCCGAGAUGGUUGACGUCUGGAGUCGGAAGGGCGUCACCGAAAAAGCUGAUAUAUGGGCACUCGGGGUCUUUCUCUAUAAGCUUUGCUAUUACACCACUCCAUUCGAAGCACACGGUCCCCUAGCUAUCGUCAACGUACAAUAUCAAAUUCCAUCCUAUCCAGCCUACAGUAAUUCGAUCAAGUACUUGAUUGGUACCAUGCUUCAAGAGCUGGCCCAAUCUCGACCCGACAUUUGGGAGGUACACGAACAUCUUUGCAGAUUGCGUGGUGUAACCCCCUAUCUUCGUCGUCCAACCAGAAAGCAAAGUACGUCAAACGUCUCGCAACUCCCUCAGGUUUCGAAACCCGUUCUCCCCAAACCGGCAAACAACAAGCCCAGCGGAGAUGGUCUGGAUUCAAUCUUCACAACGGCGCCUCGAUCGGCCGCCGUAUCGAACAAGGAGGCCGACUCUGUCGUCCCGAUGCGCAGGGGAAGACCGACAGUCAAGAGCAAGCCCGUGUCCGAUCUCGCCGUUCCGAAUGGCGAUUCGCUCCUCCAAUCCGUUCAACAACAACCACCCCCAACCACCUCCAAAUCCCUUCCUGACAAUAAAAACUCGCCCCCGGAAGAGUCUGACUUGUUUGCACGCGAAGCUGCCGCUGGGUUCGGUGAUGCAUUCUUGUCACCUUCUCCUCGGAUCAACUCAUUCAAGCCGGUCGUCGGGCCAAAACCUAUUGUCAACACUUCAUUUGGAACUGUUUUAGCUUCCUCUCGCUCUCAUCUAUCACUCAAACCUUCGGUGCCAACUCCCAAUCUUCGUCAAGACUCGAAGAAUGCAUCAUCAUCAUCCUCAGCUUUCGAAGACCUAGUUCCUCUGAGCAAGAAAAGUACUCCUAAAACUUUGAAUGAGAUGCGCAAUGGCCUUGGUACCGUCACCUCUACCUCAACCGGCCCUUCGUUCGGCACUGCAAAGGUGUCUGCUGAUACUUCCUUCACAACCGGUAAAUCUGGGUUACUUCAGCACCAACCCAGCCAAAGCAGUAUGUCGAUUGGCACCGGGAGCCUUUCGCAAAAGACUGGACCCCAGUCCUUCCCCUCUCGCAUUCAACAGACCAGUAACUAUCGGAAAAUAAGCAUCACUCAGAAGACUGGUCCAGCUAUCAGCUCGAAACCUUCGAUGUCAGAUUGGCUGAAAAAAGACCAGCCAAGAUUGCCUGUUGAUGAUCAUCGUUUGACUCAACAAAACGGGGGGAACACACAGAUUUCUGGUUCCGACAGUCGCACACGAGCAGAGGACAUCCAAGCUCGAUCGAAGCCUCUUCUUAGCGCUUCCCCCACCCAGGAAGGUUCUUCCUCAAGCGGCUCAUCCGACGAGCAGCCCGAAGAGCCAGCAGGUCGAACCGCCUACCGAGGCCCAGGCACGUCGUUAGUCGCCAAGCCGACGUUCAAGCCGAACUUACAAGCCAGCUCAUGGGAAGCUCCUGCAGGCGUUCACAAGAAUGCAGCGGUCGAGUCGUCCGUCUCUGGAAAUCCUUCAAUCAAAUCCACAGCCGAGGAUCCGGUGAUCGAAGAAGGCGGGAAGGAUUGGACGCCCUCGGCCAGUUCGACGGGUGAGCUAUCGUCCUCAGAAGCGAUGACGGAGGAAGAUGACGAGGUGCGCCAAAGGCGUCGGGCGGCGAUUGCCAAGUUUGCGCCGGCGGCCUCGAGUCCGAUCGAGUCGAAGCCUGAGCCGCUCGCACGGGACCCGUUCUCGUCGCGGGCCGAGAGUCGGGCCUCGAUGGAGCAGCCCACUCCGGCGGACCGACCAGCCCCGCGGAGACUCGUCGGCCCUCCACUCAGGGCCCCCAAACCGCAAUCUCUCAAGUCGGCGGCCGCGAUCAACAACCUCGUCUCUCGAUACGAAAACCUGUCUUCUUCGGUCUCCGAAUCUGCCCAGUCUUCUUCCUCUCACUCGUCGCCUAAUGUCAGUCUGACUUCGAAACGACUCUCGAUCUUCAAGCCUACACCGACUUCUUCGAUCACGUCUGUGGUCGAGAAAACUGACCACAAUGUCCAUCAGACCCUUCCAGCUGGCUCUUCGUCGAAGCCCUCUCAUAUCCCGUUCAAGGCCCUCGGCCCUGGCCUCAAUCGCACCCUUUCGUCCAAUACUUCGAUCACCACGCCGGCUUCGGUGGAUGCUCUCGAGGAUCAAAUCGGCGACCCCGACGAGCAGACGUUUACCUCCGUUAAUGAUCUCAAAUCCAGGUGGGAAUCCGGCGCUGUUAAGGCCUCCCUCUCCAAACCUAGACCUCCUAGGGCGGAUUACGGUCAGACUUGAUCUCGUUCUUCUUCCUACUUUUUUUUCCCCUUCGUUGGUUGGUUGGUUUCUAUCUUCCAGCUUCUUGCUUUCAUUCAUUCAUUCUUCAACUUUUCAUUUAUUCAUUAUACGUAUUUAUUCCUUUUUUUUUAAAAAAAAAAGGUCACUUGUCUUUUUCACAUUCUUGUUGUUGUAUUCAUCUCUAGAACUACCUAACUUAUUAACCAAAUCUCUCUCCAACUUCCUUUGUCUUUU